UCAAUCACACACCUCCUCACUCCCGGUUUUAACUCUUUCUCAGCAAUUCAGAGCCCACAGAGUGUAAGUGUCACACUCACACACACUCUCUUCCAGGGAAGAAGAGAAGAGAGAUUUCUUCAGGUAAUGAGAGAUGGGGUUUUAUUAGUUGGAAGAGAGUUAAUAGAGUGGGCAUUCUGCAGCAAUUAAAUGGCUUUCAUCAAGAAAGCGUGAGUCAGAACAUUCACUCUUUCUUCACGGAUAAAACAUCUAACGCAUUUAGAGCGACGCGUACAUUGCAGUUUUCAGAACUCGAAUGGAGCUUAGCAAAGUAACUCUGGAGAUUUUUUCCAAACUUGAGCAGAAAUGGCUCUCCCACUGUGAGAACGCCAAGAAAAAGCGUAUCCUCAGCAUUGACGGCGGUGGAACUACCGGCAUUGUCGCCGGUGCUGCUCUUAUCCACCUCGAGGACCAGAUCCGCCUUAAAAUCGGUGACCCUCAGGCUCGAAUCGCAGAUUUCUUUGACAUCAUCGCCGGCACUGGCAUCGGUGCUCUCCUUGCUGCCAUGCUGGCAGCUGAUGACGGCUCUGGCCGUCCUCUUUACACUGCCAGAGAUGCUGUAGCAUUCCUGUCUGACAAAAACUCCGAGCUCUUCAAGGUCAAGCUCGUUGGAUUCCUCCACCGGCACAAAUUAUUCUCGGGUAAGAGCAUAGACAAGGCUUUAAAGGAAGCUUUCAGGCGAGAUGACGGGGAGAUAUUGACCUUGAAGGACACGUGUAAGCCUCUUCUUAUUCCUUGCUUUGACCUCAACAGCUCUGCUCCCUUUGUUUUCUCCAGAGCAGAUGCGUCAGAGUCACCGAGUUUCAACUUCGAUCUCUGGAAAGUCUGCCGUGCUACGCUAGCCACGCCAAGCCUCUUCAAGCCGUUUAACUUGACGUCCGUCGACGGAAAGACCUCUUGUUGCGCCAUUGAUGGUGGCCUAGUGAUGAACAACCCGACGGCUGCUGCAGUUACACACGUGCUCCAUAAUAAGCGAGAUUUCCCGUCAGCUAACGGAGUAGAGGAUCUGUUGGUUCUAUCCUUGGGUAGUGGCCCAUUGAGUGGAUCCUUAAGUAGGAGGAAUCACAGGCGUAACGGAGAGUGCUCGACUUCGUCUGUUGUUAGUAUUGUGCUUGAUGGAGUUUCGGAGACUGUCGACCAGAUGUUGGGGAAUGCCUUUUGUUGGAACCGUUCAGAUUACGUUAGAAUCCAGGCAAAUGGAUUGACGAGCGAUGGACUGAUGGGCCCGAGAGUGGAAGACGAGGUGUUGAAGGAGAGAGGCGUGGAGUCUUUGCCGUUUGGCGGGAAGCGAUUAUUGACGGAGACGAACGGACAAAGAAUCGAGAGCUUCGCGCAACGCCUUGUUGCUUCGGGAAGGAGCAGCUUGCCACCUAGUCCCUGCAAGGAUUCCGCCGUUAGCUAGUUUUGGUUCCCCUCGCCAUGUUUUUUUUUUUUUUUUUUUUUUUUUUUUUUUAACCAUUUGUAACCAAGCUCAGGUUUACCUUUAGUCAUUAACUAUAUCUGCGUUUGGAGUAAAAUGGGCAUUCCAUCUC